GAUAAGCAAGUGUCAAUCCUUAAAGAAAGUACCUGACAUGUCUGGUGCUCCGAAUUUGAAGAAACUGCAUCUUGAUUCAUGUAAAAGUUUGGUUGAAGUUCAUGAUUCCAUUGGAUUCCUUGAAAAACUUGAAGAUUUGAAUCUUAAUUAUUGCACCAGUCUCACGAUUCUUCCUUACGGCAUCAACUUACCUUCUCUUAAAACCAUGUCCCUUCGGAAUUGUACAACUGUCAAGAAUUUUCCAGAAAUUUUAGGGAAGAUGGAAAACAUAAAAUACCUUGUUUUAAGUAAUAGCGAGAUAAGUGAAUUACCCUACUCCAUUGGACUUCUUGUGGGUCUUGUAAACCUUACUAUAGACAGAUGCAACAAGCUACUUGAACUACCGAGUAGUAUUUUUAUGUUGCCAAAACUUGAGACCUUAGAGGCUUACUGUUGCAGGGGGCUUGCGCGAAUUAAGAAGAGAAAAGGUCAAGUGCCGGAAACACUGCCUUCAGAUGUGAGAAAUGCUAGUUCUUGUUUGGUUCAUAGAGAUGUUGACUUGAGCUUUUGCUAUUUGCCAUAUGAAUUUCUUGCCACACUUCUUCCUUUCUUACACUAUGUCACAAAUAUAUCUCUUGAUUACAGCAGCAUUACAAUCCUUCCUUCAAGCAUCAACGCGUGUUAUUCUUUGAUGAAACUUACGAUGAAUAAUUGUACGGAGCUUCGAGAAAUCAGAGGCCUGCCACCAAACAUAAAACAUCUUGGUGCAAUAAAUUGUGAAUCACUGACUUCCCAAUCCAAGGAAAUGCUACUAAAUCAGAUGCUGCUCAAUUCCGGAAUCAAAUACAUCAUUUAUCCUGGAUCAAGUAUCCCAAGUUGGUUCCAUCAACGUACAUGUGAACAAUCCCAGUCCUUCUGGUUCCGUAACAAAUUGCCAGAAAUGGCGCUAUGUCUUGUUGGAGUUUUAGGUAGUUGUGACUUUACGGCACGUAGUGAUGAGUAUAUUUUCGACCUGAUCAUUGAUAGAAAUCAACAAAGCAAUCACAUUUUCUAUGUUAGAUGGUCUGAAAAUAAUUUAUUUGAUACAAAUCAUAUACUUCUGCUAGACGUGCAGCUCAAACCUAGCCUUGAUAUGAUUGGAAGAGUACAAUCUGAGAAUGGAUGGAAUCAUGCUGAACUUCUGUUGAUGAAAAAUGGCGGAGAAUAUAUGAAAUGGAGGAGAGUUUAUGUACGAGAACAGAUGAUGAACAUGCCAGACAUUCUAUUUAUAAAUCCUGAGGUUUCAAUUGGAAAAGAAAAUAAAGAAGUAACCUGUGGGGAUAAGAGAUCACAAAAGAAUUUACAAGAUCUAACUAGUAGUACUCUUUGCAUAAAAAAAAUAAAAAAAUCAAACUAGUGGAUAGAAGAUUGUAAAUGUU